GUCGGUCGGUGUGCGGGCCCCGCUCGGUCGGUCGUUCGUUCGUUCGUUCGUUCGGUCGGGGGGCGAUGGCGGAGGACAGCGAGUCAGCGGGCAGCCAGCGCAGCCUGGAGCUGGACGACCCCGACACCGGCGGCAUCGACGGCGACAACGAGGCCGAGGACGGCGACAACGACGCCCAACACCAACAACACCGGAACGCGCACCGGAGCGCACCCAGAGGGAGCCCCGGUGUGGAUUUGGGAGCCAAGAAAAAAAAGAAGAAGCAGAAGAGAAAAAAGGAGAAGGCAAAUUCCGGCGGCACCAAGUCCGAUUCUGCCUCCGAUUCCCAGGAGAUUAAAAUUCAGCAGCCUUCAAAGAGUCCAGCCAUUCCCAUGCAGAAGUUGCAAGACAUUCAAAGAGCCAUGGAGCUCUUAUCAGCGUGCCAGGGCCCAGCCAAGAACAUCGACGAGGCAACCAAACGGAAGUACCAGUUUUGGGAUACCCAGCCCGUGCCCAAACUUAAUGAAGUCAUAACGUCUCACGGUGCGAUCGAGCCAGAUAAGGACAACGUGCGGCAGGAUCCUUACUCUCUGCCGCAGGGCUUUACGUGGGACACUCUGGAUCUGAGCGACGCGGAGGUGCUGAAGGAACUGUACACGCUGCUCAACGAAAACUACGUGGAAGAUGACGACAACAUGUUCCGGUUCGACUAUUCGCCCGAAUUCCUCUUGUGGGCGCUGCGGCCUCCUGGGUGGCUCCCUCAGUGGCACUGUGGAGUGCGGGUUUCCUUGAACCGAAAGCUUGUGGGGUUCAUCAGUGCCAUCCCAGCAAGCAUCCGCAUCUAUGACAGCGUGAAGAAGAUGGUAGAAAUCAACUUCCUCUGCGUCCACAAGAAGCUGAGAUCGAAGCGGGUGGCCCCCGUGCUUAUUAGGGAAAUCACUAGAAGGGUCAAUCUGGAGGGAAUCUUCCAGGCCGUCUACACAGCUGGGGUGGUCCUCCCGAAGCCCGUGGCUACUUGCAGGUACUGGCACCGAUCGCUAAACCCCAGAAAACUGGUGGAAGUGAAAUUUUCCCAUCUGAGUAGAAAUAUGACUUUACAAAGAACCAUGAAGCUCUACAGGCUUCCGGACGCCACCAAGACCUCAGGCUUGAGACCGAUGGAGGAGAAAGAUACGAAAGCCGUGCAGGCGCUCAUCAACAGUUACCUCCUCCAGUUCCACCUCGCCCCCGUGAUGGGCGAAGAGGACGUGGCCCACUGGUUUCUGCCGCAGGACCGCAUCAUCGACACGUUCGUCGUCGAGUGCUCCAGUGGGGUCCUGACGGACUUCCUCAGCUUCUACACCCUCCCUUCGACGGUCAUGCACCAUCCCGUCCAUAAAAGCCUCAAAGCCGCCUACUCCUUCUACAACAUCCAUACGGAGACGCCCCUCUUGGACCUGAUGAGCGACGCCCUGAUCAUAGCCAAGUUGAAAGGAUUUGAUGUGUUCAAUGCCCUAGAUCUGAUGGAAAAUAAAACGUUCCUGGAAAAACUCAAGUUUGGGAUCGGAGAUGGCAAUCUGCAGUAUUAUCUCUACAACUGGAGAUGUCCGGGAACGGAGUCCGAAAAGGUGGGCCUCGUAUUACAGUAGACCCCCGACGGCGUCGUCGGGACCCCUGCCGUCGUCGUUCGGGUUGACGUGCCGUCCCGUGGCUUCGGGAACCCCGGCCCCGAAGAAGCGCAACGGAAGUCGAGUUGGAAUGACCCGCCGAGUCUCAGCCGGGGAGACGGAAGCCGGCGCGCUUCCGUCUGGAAUGGGAAACUCAGUCCACUCUGAUCGCCCAUCCGUGGGGGCGGGGAAUAGCGGGGUUGGGUGGCGGCGACGACCGCGGGACGGAGGGAGCGAUUGCCACUCGGGAGAACACGGGCCGUUUUCCUGGACUCUGACCCGCGGGGCCGGAUUAGCGUCGAGGAAGUCUUCGCCGACGCGUGGAUAAACCGCUGCAUUUCUAUUUA